AUGAAGGCGACUCCUCUGAUCAUCAAUUGGCACGACCAGAACUCGCCGAUAUACUCUGCACACUUUGAACCACAUGGGAAAGAGCGGCUGGCGACGGGAGGUGGGGACAACAACGUUCGCAUCUGGAAGAUUACGGGCGAAGGCGAGGACAGGCAGGCCGAGUAUCUGUCAACGCUCACGAAGCACACACAGGCUGUCAAUGUGGUUCGCUGGGCUCCCAAAGGCGAGAUUCUUGCUUCUGCUGGCGACGACGGCAAUGUCAUUCUCUGGGUUCCCUCAGACACGCAUCAUCCGACCUUUGGCAAUGAGGGUCUCGAAGACAAGGAAACAUGGAGAACGAAGCACAUGUUCCGCCCGACCGGUUCUGAGAUCUACGAUCUGGCCUGGUCGCCUGACGCCUCCUACUUCAUCAUCGGCAGCAUGGACAAUGUCGCUCGGAUCUACAAUGCGGGGACUGGCUCGCUCGUCCGCCAGAUUGCCGAGCACAGCCACUACGUGCAGGGUGUUACUUGGGAUCCUCUGAAUGAAUACAUUGCAACGCAGUCGUCCGACCGCUCCGUCCACAUCUACUCUUUGAAGACAAAAGACGGACAUUACACACUAAACAACCACGACGAGAAGACCACCAAGAUCGCCAGCCACCAGAAGAUGGACCUGCCGCCAAGACGCAUUUCUGCUGGUAGCCCGGCGCCGUCGGAGCUCAGUGGUUACCGCUCGCAAUUGGCAGGAGCAGGCGACACUCCUAGUGCGUCGCUAGGAUCGCCAGUGCCAUCGCAGCCAGGCACGCCACAGUCUGUCGCGCUCCCCAUGAACCCACCCAGCGUCGUGAGCCACAGCAGACGCUCCUCGUUCUCAUCAAGAAGAUCAAUGUCGCCAGCUCCAUCAUUACCACUUCCUGCAGUCAUGCCUAUGGAGCCCUCGCCCAAGCCUAGCCAUAGCCACUCUUUCAGUGGUGUCAAGAACGCCAGCCUCUACGCAAAUGAGACCUUGACCUCUUUCUUUCGGCGGCUUUGCUUCACCCCUGAUGGAUCCUUACUGCUGACACCAGCGGGCCAGUAUCAGGCUCACCAGACCAGCGGUGACACCGGCAGGUCUUCCUACGAUAUCAUCAACACAGUGUACAUUUACACUCGGGGCGGGAUCAACAAACCACCAAUCGCACAUCUUCCUGGCCACAAGAAACCCUCGGUCGCCAUCAAGUGCUCACCUGUAUUGUACACAUUGAGAACAUCGACCCCUGUGACCAGAAACAUCACGAUAGACACGUCCUCUGCGGAAGGUCCCAUUCUGUCUUUGCCCGAGCCCGUGUCAAAACAAAUUCCUGCUGUCAUGGAUCCGCCACCGCCGCCCACAUCUGCGGCCACGGCAGACCCUGAGAAGCCGGCCACGCCGGCAAAGUCGUCCUCGGCAGAGAAUGCCCCGCCCAAGCCAACGUUUACGUUGCCAUACCGCAUGGUAUAUGCUGUAGCAACACAAGAUGCUGUCCUGCUGUACGACACACAACAAACAACACCUCUCUGCAUUGUUAGCAAUCUUCAUCUGGCCACAUUUACGGACUUGACAUGGUCAAGCGAUGGCUCGACGCUGCUGAUCUCGUCUUCGGACGGCUUCUGCUCCACAUUGUCGUUUACGCCUGGCGAGCUCGGCCAGGCUUACACGGGUGAGCUCGCGACGGCAAGGACCCAGACGACCCCAGUGCCUGCGUCGGCCACAAGGUUCGCUCCUCCCUCGCCGCGCCCGACACACCACCAUCGCAAUUCGGCGACUUCUUUCACCGCACCUUCACCCCCAGCCACUGCUAGCGCGCGUCCGCCGUCGCCAACCCGAUCAAACUCUGCCUCCUCGGUCGCAACUUUGUCGACGCCCAUCCCCGGUCCUCAUCUCAUCAGUGGCGCAGUUCCGAGCAUUGCUGCGACUAAUUCGGCCAAGGUGACUGGUAUCCCACUCACCACGCCGCCGGAAACGCCAGCGAGCGGUGCGUCUGUUGUUGUUGGUGUUAAGAGAGACGCCAGCGAAAGCGAGAAGGAGGACGUGGCCGAUUCGCAGCCCAAAAAGCGUCGUGUCGUGCCGACCCCUGUGCCGGACCCGAGGGUAUAA